AUGAAUCAGGAACAAGCCGAGGGAGAGUCACUCGAGUCUCAUGUGAAGGACCUUGUGCUAGAAAUAGAAAUUGGAAGGGGAUCGUAUGGAAAAGUGUACAAAGCUCUAUGGAAAGGAAAAGAAGUGGCAGCGAAAAGGUUUCACGCCGUUCUCGCUAAUGAUAGCUGCGGCCAAAUGAUCGACCACUUUAGAGAAGAGUUCCAGCGAGAAUGGGAUGCCCUCAAGUCACUCAAUCAUCCGAACGUGGUCAAAUUCCAUGAAGUUGUGUUUCCCAAGGGAAGAUUACCUAUAAUUAUUACAGAACUUUUGCACUGUGAUCUGGAAAGGUUCAUUAGAGAAUCGAAGUCGUCCCCAAAAGUCCCACUAAUUAAUCUGAUAUGCAUAGCCUUAGACGUGAUUCAAGGUCUUCAGUUUAUGCAUGGCUUAGAAAAUCCAAUUGUCCAUCGCGACCUGGCGACAAAAAAUAUCCUACUAACAGAUACCGGCACUGCCAAGAUCGCGGACAUGGGCGUGGCUAAAGUUUUUGUCCAAGGGUACGAAAUGUAUGCAACUCCCGUGCGAGGCACACCAGUUUAUGCAGCACCAGAAACAUAUCCAGCUAUGGAGAAUUUUGAAAUCGUGAACAAUGCAAAGUAUGGUCCCCAAGUAGAUAUAUUUUCUUUUGGUGUCAUGUUACUGGCCAUGGCUGUUGGUCAUGAGCCUAAAGUCUGGCCAAUUUCACCAAUUACCAAAGGUAUUAUGAUUAUUAGUUGAGUGAUGUGCAAUAAAUGUUUGGUGAUGGGGUUUUGGUCAUAAAAUUACUGUUUUAUCAUGGGCAACCUUCCUCGUUUCCAAAGGUAACUGAGUCUUAAUUAAUGGCUGUGCAUUGCCAACCAUCACAGGUGAAAACCUGCCAAAAGAGGCCCAUAGACAUGUCCUUACUGGAAAAACAGCCAGUUGCCCAUGACAACAAUAUGAUUUUAACGUCAAAAUGUGGUUGACAAACUUGUUACCCUCACUCAACUGAAAAUGUAUGUACCACACACACAUGAUGUCCUAGUAUUCUACUCAAGUGGCCUAAUAGCCAUCUUGCUUUUAGAGCAUCAUCACAAGAAGUUCAUUGUUUAUCUUUUUUCUAAUAACUCAACAAAAUCACACUCUAGUAGCAUUAAAUUCCUGCCUAAAGGAACAUUUUUUCAAAAUGCCUGGUUUACAUUAAAGUGUUUCAAUAAAGUGAUUUAGUCAAUUAUUUCUUGUAAAGAUUUUAACAUAACUCUUCUGUUAUGUUAAUUUCUUUCAGACGGGAAGAAGAUCAGUGAACGUGAACGUCGCAAAGCCGACAUCAACGAGAUGGGAGAUCAUUUAGUACAAAGUUUAGUACUCAGGUGUUUGGAGAACGAAAGCAGUCGUCGUCCAUCAGCUAAAGAUAUCAAAAUAGAAUUAGAGAAGCACAAGUGGAACCUAGUGCGGCAUUCGGAGUCUUAUGAAAUGGAUGAAGAAGCUGUAAUUGAGAAGGUGCAGCGUCAACCCAGUUAUGACUACAAAUUUAAGAUCCUCUUCAUAGGCGAUAGGGGAGUGGGGAAGUCAUGCCUUUUUCAGCGCUUUCGAAACCCUGCAUAUGACAUUUUUAUGAGUACAAUGACCAUAGGCUUAGAAGUUGACAUUGAGUCCUUUAAGUAUGGCUCCAAGUUUGUACAUUUAGAAGUAGUUGAUACUGCUGGACAAGAGCAGUUCUUUGCAGUGCAAGCCAUGUAUUUUCGUGGAGUACAUGGCAUUUUUCUGGUGUGUGAUGUAACAAAUCGUGAAACUUUCCAGCACAUUUCCAGGUGGCUUGACCUAGCUCGCCUUUACUGCACUGAAACUAAUGCUUUGAUUAUUCUCAUUGGCAACAAAAUCGACCAAGGAGAGAAUCGCAAAGUUUCUCGUGAGGAUGGUGAAGAGCUUGCCAAAUGUCAUGGGCUAAGCUACUUAGAGGUCAGUGCUUUAGAUGUUGGAGAUAUUGAAGACAUGUUCAAAAAAAUGAUUCAGCUUCUCACAAGGUCUGUUGACCUUGGUACAAUUAAAAUUGAACUGGCUGAGACUGAUGAUAAGGUAAAGUUGAUGAAAGGUUCAAAGAAGUCCAAAUGCAAGUGUAAAUCAACAUAAAAUGGUCGACAUUCCUUUGUGGAUGGAGAAUAGAUUUUUGUUGAACAUUACAUGUUGCAGUGUUUUACACUACAUGUUUGGUUUAUGUUGUAUGGAGGUAGUGGCCCUAACACUGCACGAGGUAGUGUUUAGGAGUAUCCUUUCUCCUGCAGGAGAGAAUGCUUCUCUGUCAUGGGUUACCCAUUGAUAUUUUGACAGUUUGCUUGAACAUGUUUAUACACCUUGAUGAAGAGAAGCUUUGUGAGAGGAGAAAGUGUCUCACCCAACAUGCAAAACCAUGAAACAGCCAGGGCUCAAAAAAGGCCCUUGACUAAAUUCUGAGUUCACAAGCCUGAUUAUUAAGCAGGAGCACACCACCUCAUAUGGCUCACUUAUUUUAACCCUGUAACUCCCAUGAGUGACCAAGACAGAAUGAGAAUGAAAACAAAGGGAAAUAUCAAUGAGUAAUGGUAGUGGGACGGAGUGGAGUUGAAUUUGUUCUGUUAUCAUACAAGUGAUUAACAAAUCAAAUGACCAAAAAGUAUGAGUUCGAUUUGUCAAUUAGGCAUAUGAUUACAGACAGAAUUGGAUGAUAUUAAAUCCUGUUACCAAUUAAUCAAAACUAUGACAAAAAACCAGAUUGGUUAUAUACUUUCAAACUUUUUGCUUUGUAAAAUGCAUGGCAACAGCACCCACACUUGAUGAGUACUAUCCAAUUACAAGUAUGAUGUGUACACUGUCCUUUUCAUGUUUGAUCAGGCUGGUGAUAACCAAUCAUGUUCCCAAAUUUUGUUAUAGUUUUAAUUGGGGAUUAUUAGUUGAUCUAAUACUGAAAUACUGACAUCAUAUGUAUGGUAUUGUAGACAGUAAGGAGAAUUAUUAAUGAUAUCUUGGAAGUGAAGGAUUAAGAAGUGGAGUGUGUUAUUAUGUUUUAACAACAGAAAACAAAUGGAAGCUUCAUGUAGCUUAAAACUUUGGUGGAGAUGCAAUAUGAAUUGCCUCAGCCUCAUCUUAGCUGUAGGUAGUCAACUUUUCGUCGAAGCAGAAAUUUAUGUGAACGUUCCACCAUUAAUUGAUUCCUCAUGUUCUCUUUAAGAAAAGACUUACCAGUUCUAACUGAUUGUGGAUAUUUCUCUGGAGGAGCUUUAAAGAGAGACAUGGGAUUUUUUAAGUUUUUUUUAAUGCAGUGCCUCAGAAGCCUCCUAUGCAACUGUUUUUUGGUCUUUCCAUGGCACAAACCUAUUCCCCUUUCCUACCAGAUAGUGUGUUACAUGACAACACCCAAUGAAGAACAUGAAGAAUGUUGAAUGUAUAUUGGAGAUGUUAUUAUUAGAGGAGUUAUUUCAUUUUUUAGCUUUUUUUUGAGGGGGGAGGGCCUGUUCAAAGUAGGUACUUUUUCAAUUUUUGUUGUGCUAAAUUCACAUAUAUUAUGCAUGCAAUCAAGGCAAAAUGAUUUACAGACAAAUAGUGAUUUUUAGAAAUAUAUUAGGAAGGGAAUAACAAGGAAUAACUUUGCUCAGAUGUGGCAUUAUAUAGUUACAGUAAUGAAAAUAUUUCAGAUAAUUUGUAGAUAGUAAUGGUUGAAGGAUAGCUAAAUUUACGAAAGCUGGUGCUAGAACUCUAUGUGAUAUUGUUUUAGAUUCUAAAGGAGGGAAAAAAAUUAUUGAUGUACUAUUUCAAAAAUGAGUGCAAGUGUUUCAUCAGGGUUUCCAAACAAAAGAAAGAGAAAACCAAAUGACUUUUAUUUUUUUCAAGUGUUUGAAAACCCUGACAAAUCAUGAUACAUAGUUGCAGAUAUGUAAAUAUACCUUCUUAGUAGUUUUUGCGUAUAUCACUUUGUAUUUUUACAGGUCAUGGCUGUAUUUUACUGAGUCCAUAGGGCAAGUCAAAAUACAAACAAGGGGUGAAAGUACUCAGUUGUAAUUCACACCAAAAUGACUUAAAAAGUUGUUUAUUAUCCAACUGCUAUAGUUGAUAUCCAUAGUGUGCAUAGCCAACCUGUUAAACAGGUUUUUUUACAGUGCAAAACAACCAACUGUUCAAUAUUGUAGGAUAUUUACACUCAACUCACAUGUCAUUUGUACUCUUAGUAUUAUUUGACUUAUUUCACACAAUUUUUUCUGCACUUGCAUUUCUUCACUAUUUGUAAUGGUAAUAGGACUGAGUAGAGUCCAAUUCAGUCUAUAAUCAUAUGAGUGAUAACAAAACUGGAUGACUGUGUAGUGGGAGUCUGAUUUGUUUAUUACAAGUAUGAUUACAGACUGAAUUGGAGGACAUAAAGUAUUAUUACCAAUUAAUCAUAAAAGUUACAAUUUCUGAAAAAAGAAGAAUAGCCAAGAUUUGCAAUCUGGACUGUUGGCAUAAACAUUUGUGCCAUAGGAUAAACAAAAUCAUUGGUCCUCUAAAAUAUUGUCAUUGUUCAAGGGGGAAAAAAUCUCCAUUUUGAAGAAAGCCCAAAUUUAGGAGUCUAUGCACUGUUUCUGUGGUGAUUGAAACCAAGGUUGUGAUUGGUUGAUUCAAACUACAACUUUGAGUGUGGUUGGCUUAUUGAACUGUCUGAUAACAAACUGUCCAAUAAAAACUUGGCAAGUGAAUUUGUGGAAAAUAGGAGUCUUUAAAACCAAUCACAAUGGAGAAAUUGUAAUUUUUUAUGAUUAGAUUCCUAAUAGUGACUGAC